ACAUACCGAAAUGAAUAUGGUCUGCCUCCCCUUCCUCCUCUGCUUGCUCCUCAUCCCGUCCUGCAAAUCCGACGACAAGCUGACACAGGCAAAGCAGCUCCGCCCCGGCGACGUGCUCGUCUCCCAGAGCGGCGUCUUCGCGCUCGGCUUCUUCUCCCCGGCAGCCUCCAGCAAGAGCCUGUUCCUCGGCAUAUGGUACCACAACAUCUCCGAGCGCACUUACGUCUGGGUCGCCAACCGGGACAGCCCGAUCACCAAGCCUUCAUCCGCUAUGCUCUCCAUCAGCAACACCUCUAACCUUGUCUUGUCAGAUUCCAGUGGCCAGAGUCUUUGGACGGCAACGAACGGCACCGUCUACAGAGGCGACGGAGCUUAUGCAGCCCUGCUCGACUCAGGAAACCUGGUUCUCCGACUGCCAAAUGAUACAACCAUAUGGGAAAGCUUCGAUCACCCAACCGACACCAUUUUGAUGAACAUGAAGUUUCUGCUCCGCUACAAAGGAGAAGUCGCUGGGCGUCUCCUCGCUUGGAAGGGCCCGGAUGACCCAUCCACCGGCGAAUUCUCCUGUGGCGCCGACCCCAGCUCAGACUUUCAGUUCUUCACCUGGAAGGGAACCAUGCCGUAUUACCGCUUCAUUGGGAUUAACAGGGUGUGGGUGUCCGGUAUGGUAUACAGGAGCAACUUCAUAUAUGAAUCAAUCUUGAAUUUAGGGGAUAAGAUCUAUGUCAUUUACACAACCCCUGAUGGCUCACCGUACGUGCGCAUCACACUUGACUACAUGGGCACCUUGAAGUUCUUGGGUUGGAACGAUAGCUUGUCAUCAUGGACAGUCCUCUUUCAGCGCCCAUCGGUUGAAUGCGAUAAGUACGCCUCAUGUGCCCCAUUCAGCUAUUGCGACGCCACGUCGAGCAUCCCAAAGUGCCAAUGCCUCGAUGGCUUUGAACCAGAUAGCACCAACUCUUCAAGAGGAUGCCGGAGAAAACAGCAGUUGAGAUGCGGAGAUGGAGAUGACAACUUCGUGGCCAUACCCGGAAUGAAGGUCCCUGACAAGUCCUUGUAUGUUCAGAGCACAAGCUUCGAAGAGUGCACAACCAAGUGCAGCCGCAACUGCUCAUGCACGGCCUAUGCUUACGGCAACCUGACCGGAGCCGACCAGGCAAGGUGCUUGCUUUGGACAGGGGACCUUGUUGACAUGAGGGUGGCUAGCAAUGAUGAGAAGCUAUACAUCCGCUUGGCCGAUUCUACUGGGAACACUUCUGAAGAUAAUAAAAAGAACAGAUAUUUAGUGAAGGUUUUAGUCCCUAUUAUAGCAUGCCUGCUGAUACUCACAUGCAUAUACCUUGUCAGGAAAUGGCAAUCAAAAGGCAAACAGAGGAAUAAUGAAAAUCAGAAUAGAGCAGCGUUAGGAAGAUUCAAAACUUCUGAUGAACUAUAUGAGCAGAAUCUAGAAUUACCCUGUAUUAAUUUUGAAGAUGUGGCCACUGCAACAAACAAUUUCAGUGAUUCCAAUAUGCUUGGAAAAGGAGGUUUCGGCAAUGUUUAUAAGGGUAUGUUGGAAAGUGGAAAAGAAGUUGCCAUUAAAAGACUCAGUACAGGUUCCACACAGGGAGUAGAGCAUUUUACAAAUGAAGUGGUUCUUAUUGCCAAAUUGCAGCACAAAAAUCUAGUUAGGCUUCUUGGGUACUGCAUUCAUGGAGACGAAAGGCUUCUUAUUUAUGAAUACUUACCCAACAAAAGCUUGGAUGCAUUCAUUUUUGAUCCAGCAAGUAAAUAUAUUCUUGAUUGGCCAACAAGGUUCAAGAUAAUAAAAGGAGUUGCCAGAGGACUUGUUUAUCUCCACGAAGAUUCAAGGUUAACUAUAAUCCAUAGAGAUCUCAAAUCAAGCAACAUCUUGUUGGAUGAGGAUAUGAGCCCUAAGAUAUCAGAUUUUGGUAUGGCAAGAAUCUUUGGUAGCAACCAGCAAGAAGCAAAUACUAACCGAGUUGUUGGAACAUAUGGUUACAUGUCUCCUGAAUAUGCAAUGGAUGGAGCAUUUUCAGUCAAGUCCGACAUAUACAGCUUCGGUGUUAUACUUCUGGAGAUCAUAAGUGGCUUGAAGGUUACCUUACCUCAGCUGAGAGACUUUCCCAACUUAUUAGCCUAUGCAUGGAGUUUAUGGAAGGAUGAUAAAGCCAUGGAUUUGGUGGACUUAUCCAUCGUUGAGAGUUGCUCACCAACUGAAGUGUUACUAUGUAUCCAUAUAGGCCUGUUGUGUGUGCAAGAUAAUCCAAACAACAGGCCACUCAUGUCUUCAGUUGUGUUUAUGUUGGAGAACAAAACCACCACACUUUCAGCUCCAAUACAGCCCAUGUAUUUUGCACAUAGGGCCUCUAAAGCCAAACAGACAGGUGAAAAUACUAGCAGCUCUAUGAAAGACAUGAGUCUCACAAUGCUAGAGGGACGGUAGAUGUUUAUGUUACAUAUUUGCUGCAUGUAAAGCAUUGCCCUUUUUCCCAGUGCUGUGAUUUGGGAUUUUACAUUAUUAUUAUUAGAGGCAAGUGUUAACCUUUUUUAUAUGAGUCUUUUUCUUUAAAGGUUCUUGGAAAGGUAAUGUGAUGUAAAGCUGCAAAGGAAUUACAAAUUAACACUAGCUAGGAAGUUUAGUUCUCCAAAGAUUGUGCAUUAUGCAAAAGGAUCCCAUCAUCCUUCCAUCGUCAGUUUUGUUAAAUUAUUGUCAGUUGGAUGUUUUCCCGUUUCAAUAAUUUUUUGAAAAGGAAAUUCUU